AUGGCGAAAACAGACCACAGCUCGACCUCGAUUAGGAGCGCCAGUGAUCUUUUCCGAAGGUUCAUCACCCUUGCACCCGCAGAACUCCUCGAUCAGCGAGACUUUUCCAAAGUUCUAGCCUUCUACCGACAACGGGGAAAGAUUUUCAUCGACAGGGUGGCGAAAUCUAGAGGAAUGAUCGCAAAGCAUGCGAGACCCUUCUUCAAGAAUAAUAUGAAUGUGUUGACACACUCAUAUAGCAAAGUUGUCCUGGAGACCCUGGUCACGGUGCAUAAAGCGGGCACAGUCCUUCACGUUUGGGUUACGGAAUCUCAACCUGAUGGAUCUGGCCAGCAAAUGCAAGAUGCUCUAGAAAAGGAAGGCAUAAGGACAACGUUGAUAUUGGAUAGUGCUGUAGGGUAUAUAAUGGAGCGAAUUGACAUGGUUGCGGUCGGUGCAGAAGGUGUCAUGGAAACCGGUGGCAUUAUCAACAAGGCAAGUUCAUUUCUAUAUGUUGUGAUAUAUUGGAACUCUUAA